AUGAGCAAUGAGGAUGGACCCACACCAGGAAGGCCACCUCUGAGAAAGGAGGACUCGUUCGACGUGCCCGACAAGCGUGCAGAGCGCGACGACGCACAGGCUAUGUGCUAUACCCACUACCACGAACGCGAGGAUAGCGACUAUUUGACCCACAAUGUUCGUCCUUCGGCGCCACCACCCGAAGUGAACAGCGACUCUGGAACCGCAUUCGAUAACGAGCCCGACAACCUGCGAUAUGUCGACAAGGAUGCCGGGAUCAUGGAAGAAGAUAAGCCAGAGGACAUCGGCGCUGUCAAGAACAAGCUCGGCAGCCAGAUCACAGAGGAACUGCGGAUGCUUUACACCAACUUCCAAAAGUGCCUUGAACUUCGCGACAAGUACAUGAAGGUCUCUGCGCAGCGGAUCGGCGAUAACCCUAGCGACAGUGACGACUGGACUAUCUACCCGCCUCCUCCAGUCCCCUCCUGGCCCCUACCCAAGCCAGAGAAGGCUGGUCGGGUGACGGGUGGACCUGACAGUAUUGGAAGCGACUUUGUCAGAGAGGAGGUGCCCAUCCCCGGCCUGUGUGAUCAGUUCUUUGAGAUGGACGAUACCGGUGUAUACCAGGUCUAUGCGUUUAAGGAAGACCUGGUGAACAAGAAGCCAGUCAUCGAUGUCCCUUCACCCAAGGAUUACUUUCAGGAUCUGGACUUUGUACUCUCCGUGAUUUCGGAUGGUCCCACAAAAAGCUUCGCCUUCCGUCGACUAAAAUACCUGGAGAGCAAGUGGAAUAUGUACACUCUCCUUAACGAAUACGAGGAGCUGGCCGAGGCGAAGCGAGUACCCCACCGCGACUUUUAUAAUGUCCGCAAAGUCGACACGCACGUUCACCAUAGUUCGUGUAUGAACCAGAAGCACCUGCUUCGGUUUAUCAAGUCCAAGAUGAGGACGACUCCGGAGGAUGUUGUUAUUUUCCGUGAUGGGAAGGAUCUGACGCUGGAGGAGGUUUUCCAGAGUCUGAACUUGACCGCGUAUGACUUGAACAUUGAUACCUUGGACAUGCAUGCGCACAAAGAUUCGUUCCACCGGUUUGACAAGUUUAACUUAAAGUAUAACCCUAUCGGAGAGUCGCGUCUUCGCGAGAUCUUUAUGAAGACCGACAACAAGAUCAAGGGCCGAUACCUCGCCGAUAUUACCAAGGAGGUUAUAUCGGAUCUGGAACAGAGCAAGUACCAGAUGGCAGAGUACCGAAUCUCAAUCUACGGCAGGAGUGAAGACGAAUGGGACAAGCUAGCCGACUGGGUGGUCGAACACAAGCUCUUCUCCCACAACAUCCGCUGGCUGAUCCAAGUCCCACGACUCUACAAUGUCUACAAGGCGACCAAAACUGUCCGGAACUUUGAAGACGUGAUCCGUAAUAUCUUCAAGCCCCUGUUCGAGGUCACCCGGGAUCCGUCGAGUCAUCCGAAUCUGUAUAUCUUUUUGCAGCGAGUAAUUGGCUUCGAUUCUGUGGAUGACGAGUCCAAGGCCGAGAGGCGGAUCUACCGCAAGUACCCUUACCCGCGCGUUUGGGACAUGCCGACCAACCCACCUCUCAAUGCCUUCCGACAGAAGCGACGUUUCAACACGUUUGUGUUCAGACCGCACUGUGGAGAGGCAGGGGACACGGACCACUUGACAUCGGCAUUCCUGACUGCAUCCGGGAUCUCUCACGGAAUCCUUCUCCGGAAGGUGCCCGCAUUGCAGUACCUGUACUACCUGACACAGAUGGGGAUCGCAAUGUCACCGCUGUCAAACAACGCGCUUUUCUUGGACUAUGAGCGCAACCCGUUCCCGACGUUUUUCCAGAGAGGUCUGAAUGUCAGCCUCAGUACUGACGAUCCACUCCAGUUCCACUUCACAAAGGAGCCCUUGAUCGAGGAGUACAGUGUUGCUGCCCAGAUCUGGAAACUGUCAGGAGCAGACAUGUGCGAGAUCUCACGCAACUCUGUCGCCCAGUCUGGUUGGGAGAACCAGAUCAAGAAGCACUGGAUUGGCAAGGAUUGGUACCUUCCAGGUAUCCCAGGCAACGACAUGACAAAGACAAACGUGCCCAAUAUCCGUGUGGCGUUUCGGUACGAGACUUUGAGAGAAGAACUCAAUAUGCUCAAAGAGUACUCUUGUGUAGAGCGGCCUUCAGAUAUCCCGGGACUGUUUCAGAGGAUGGCGACGAAUCUCCCGUCGGUUGCGUUGAUUGUUGAAGAGGAGGAGUUGUCGACAUCGAUUGUGGAUUGUCCUCCUGAGUUGAAUCCUGCGAUCACUUCUGGGAUAGUCAACCCAAGCAACUUUAAGAAAGGAGAAUAA